AUGUCGACUUCCAAUGAUCUAUUAGAACCAAUAGCCAUUGUAGGCAUAGCAUGCGAAUUUACAGGUGAUAUUCAUUGUGCCAAUGAUUUAUGGUAUGCAUUGAAGCACAGUCAAGAUGUGGGUAGUGCUGUACCACGUGAUCGACUCGAUCUCGAGUCUUAUUGUGCUCAUAUGCUGAACAAAGAUAAUGAUGGACAAUUGCGUCAGAAGCUGAUUCGUCGAGGAUAUUUCCUAUCGAAUAAUCAAUGGGAUAUGUUUGAACCAAGUUUCUUUGGUCUGUCCGACGCCGAAGCAGGUAGUAUUGAUCCAUGUCAUCGACUACUGAUGCUCAAAUUUGUUCAUUUACUUGAUGACGCCGGUUAUAGUAUCGAGAAAAUGCAUGGCUCAAAAACAUCCGUACAUAUUGGACAAUUUUCCACAGACCAUGCUAUUACAUCAUUCCGCAUGGCGCCUGAACAUCGAUCAAGAUUUCAUGGUCCCAAUAGUUUGCUCUACAAUGCUGCUGCUCGAUUAUCGUAUCAUUUUAAUUUACAAGGUCCUAACGUAUCAUUAGAUGUUGCCUGUUCAUCGUCGCUGGAAGCUGUACAUUUAGCUGUGCAAAGUCUUCGCACAAAAGAAGCAGACAUGGCUAUAUGUGGUGGAGUGAAUGCUGUUUAUUCACCAGAGACUCUUUUAUGGAGUUCGCUCAUGGGCGCUGUAUCACCUGAUGGACGAAGUCGAUCGUUCAGCGUCGAUGCAAAUGGUUAUGCGAAAGGUGAUGGUCUUGGUCUUCUACUAUUGAAACGACUAAGUGAUGCCGAACGUGACAAUGAUCACAUAUAUUGUGUUAUUCGUGAUGUACUUAGUAAUCAUGAUGGAAGUGAUGAUAAGAAUAGUUUUGUUGUUCCAUCAGCUGCCGGUCAGACACGUUUACUCAAUGAUAUUUACAAGCAAGCAGACUUUGAUCCUCGACGUAUUUUUUAUGUCGAAGCACACGGGACUGGUACGCCAAUAGGUGAUCCCAUUGAAGCCAAUUGUUUAGGUCAAUUUUUCAAUCGAUCUUGUUUUGAUCCGCCAUUAUUAAUUGGUUCUAUUAAAAGUAACUUAGGACAUACAGAAGGAGUAGCUGGUGUUGCUGGAUUAAUUAAGAUUGCUAUGUGUAUGCAUCAUCGAACUAUUCCACCAAAUAUGCACUUCACAUCAUUAAAUCCAAAUAUUGAAGCAGCACGAUAUAAUCUUCAUGUUGUCCAACAUUCCGUACCAUUUCCCUCAGGCAAUAACAUUGAUUCCAUAGCUAUGGGUAUUAAUUCAUUUGGCAUCGGAGGCAACAAUGUACAUGCUAUUGUUGAAGAAUAUCAAGCAAAUAAAACAUCAGCUAUGAACAAAUUUGAAAAUGAUUAUGUUCAUGUUCAAAGAAAUGAUAUGGAGCACAAACAAUAUUUCAUUUUUAUUUUCUCAAGUGAGUUUCAUAAACAUAAAAUUGUCUAA